AUUAAGUUUAAUUAAAAAUGAAAACUAAUUUCUUUCAUUUGUAAUAUGUCAACGAACUGCGAAAUAUCGGGGGCCAUAUUAUAUACCUACUUUUAGUUGCUUCGCAGGCCUAUAUUAUAACGAGUGUAGUCGGGCCUCCUCGGCAGCUCUCGCCUUGUGUGUAUUUUACACGGCAGAAUUCUACAUUUUAUAGCUUAUAUUAUAUUCUCUAAAAAAAACGGAGUCUAAAAUAGGUUAUAUGUAUUCAAAAGUCAGCAAACAAAUUAUAGAUGUACUUUAAUUCAGUUUACUUUAAACACUCGCUGUUCGCGUCUUAGUUGUAAAAAAAAAAAAAUUAAUACAGGAAGAAAUAACUAUAGUGCAGUUGUACGCAUACAACCAAUAACAAGCGUUACGGCUGAGUAAACUGAAGUUAUUCCUCAAUAUGUUGACGUGGACGAGAUUUCGUUCAAGCUGUGUUUCGGAAUAGCGCGAAUUUAGUUUAUAUAUAUGAUCACGACAUGCUGCUGCUGCUGCCAAUGGACUCAAGUCACAGAGAUGCAGAUCUUGGGCUUUCCAUAAGUCAAACGCUCAGAGUCUGACGGUACCUUAGAAUUUUUGAAAAAUUAUUACUCAAUAACACAAAGAGAGACGGAAAAAACCAUAGACAGCAUGCCACGAUUGUCCAUGCUGCCGCGAACUUCGCGGAUCGUCGCCCUCUGCUCGGCGGCGAACUUCAUCAACGCGGCAGAUCGUGUCAUAAUGCCCAUAGCCAUUGUCCCCAUGACCGACGAGUUUAAGUGGAAUCUGCACUGGCAGGGUUGGAUCCUCUCGGCUUUUGCCUUUGGUUAUUUUACCAGUCAGAUCAUCGGAGCCAAUACAGCUAGUCGUUUUGGAUGCAAAACUGUACUAAUGGCAGCUGUAAUGCUUUGGUCUAUCAGCACUGUGAUCACCCCACUUGUAGCUCAGUCUGUGCCAUUGCUUAUUGCUACCAGGGUUGUCUUAGGACUUGGAGAAGGUCUAGGUUUGCCAGUUAUAUUCCAUCUGUUUGCUCACAGCGUGCCAGUAGAAGAGAGGUCUAGAGCCUUUGGCUAUCUUGUUGCUGCUGGAUCUAUUGGUCAAGUUGUGGCAUCUGUUCUGUGUCCUCAUAUAUCUUGGCAAAGUGGAUUCUAUUUGUUUGGCUCUUUUGGUAUUUUAUGGACUUUUUUGUGGCUUAUACUUUACAAGGAAACAAAGCAGCAAGAAGAAAUUCCUAUUUUUUUGCCCAAGGUCUCAACAAACCGAGCUUUAAGAUGGACUGAAUUUAUUGUUCACUGGCCUCUUUGGGCCCUGUAUAUAGCUCAUUUUGCUAUGAACUGGAGCAACUAUAUUAUUAUGCAGUGGUUACCUACUUAUCUUUCUAGAAAUUUAUAUGCAAAUAAAGAAAGCAUAAGUUUGACGGCAUUGCCUUACAUUGUUAAUUCUCUUGUUGGCAUUGUGGCUGGUCAUAGUGCUGAUAAUCUCAUACAAAAAAGAUGGUCAGUCUUAUCAGUGAGAAGGCUCAUGACAAAUAUUGGCCUCAUAGGGCCAGGUGCGUUUUUAUUAGCGUUUUGUGCUGUGGACAAUCUGCUGUUGGCAGUAAUAUUUAUUUCUAUAUCAAUGGGUUUGUGUGCGUGUAAUUCUGCUGGCCACCUUAGCAACCACGCAGACAUUGCACCCAAUCAUGCCGGUAUAACUUUUGCUGUGUCCAAUACCAUAGCAACGAUACCUGGAAUUUUGUGUGGGCCACUGACUGCUGAACUCGUAACAGCGUCACAUGGUCGAUGGUUGCCGGUAUUCAUAUUAGCGGCGGCUAUAAACUUCACAGGGGCCAUAAUAUACCAAAGUCAUAGCUCAGCGCAGCCAGUUUUGUGAUAUUUGCAGGAACAAUCGGCUUGGUUGAUUGAUUCGCCAAACGAUUCAAGGGAGCACAGUGUUUAUUGAGUAAAGACUGAAUUUUGAGUGUUUUAGGAAAAUAACAUCGAAUUUCAAUAUAAUACAGUGUUUGGCAUAUCAUAAGUGUUAAAAUAAAGUUCCGCGUUACCGCAACAUUCAAUGAAAUUACGAUUGAUAUUAACUGAGUGGUGUGUGAUAAUAAAAAGUGAUGUUAUAUUCUUAUUUUAAUAAGGAAAUUUGUACAUUAUAUAACACAGACGGCUUGUACAUACGAAUGUAUUAAUAACGUGAGUAGCAUGUUGAAAGGACAAAGUUAAAAUUUCUAAGAAUAUAUUUAAAGGUGCUGCAACUUUGAACGCAUCGUGCUAGUUCCUGAAAGAAUCUACAGUCUUAUCUGACUAAUGUAUCAUGAAAUUUACAAAAAUAUGAAAUUUAUUUGUUAACGAUUUUUUUUAGUGUAUAUCUUUAUUGAGGAAAAUUUACACAAGACUAACCGACAUGUAAAUAUACAAAAUGUAAAUUAUCAGUCAAAAAUAAUAGUUUUACGCAAAUAUUCUGAUUUUGAAAAGUCUGGUAACCUAUUAUUCAAAAAUAUACUCUUGUUUUUAAAACACGUUGAAUUAUUUGGAUCAGCUUGAUCAAACGCAUACGUAUUCCGACUAGUUCCUUGAUUAUUUUGAGGCUCAAGGUCCAAUGACUUUUUACCGAGUGGUGUCUCCUUAAGUUGAUUGUGAAAGGUAAAAACAUUUCUUCUCGGACUGGCAGACACGCUCAAACUUGAAAACAUUUUUACUGUGCCAUCAAUGGAGUCUGAACACCUUUUUUCCUUUCCAUAAUCAAAGUUUUUGGCCUCUGAUAAACUUGCUUCCUCUAAAGGAGUAUUUGAAUCCGGAAUCAAGGAAUCAAUCGUCCCACGGAAACUGCUCCCUGAUGUAUCUUCCUUUUUCAGCACAAGAGCCCUACAGCUGUC